AUGAUAUGUAUGCUAAUGAUCCUAAGAGACAAGAAGGAACUUGUAGAAUCCAGAAAUAAGAGUGCACGUGCCAAUUCUAUCGCCAUGUUAGUAGAGGAGCCUUUUGAUAUCACUCCGAAAAAGGACGGAGGAGUGCUGAAGAUUAUAAAGAAGGAAGGAACAGGUACAGCAAAACCUACUGCCGGAACGACUGUAAAGCAUCUGCGCAUUGGUGCAUCCUGUUUAUGGCGCAAAAAAAAGCUCUCUGUACGAAGAAGAACAAGUGUCGGUCAACCAUUACCGUCUGACCAUCUACAAAAAUGCUCGGAUUUUCGAAAGUUCGUUGCAGCUGAAGCCUUAAACGUAUCCCCUUUCAAUUUGGGAAAUAUUGAUGAAGUACCAGUUCCCUUUGAUAUCAUCUAUGAACGGACAGUUGAUGUGAAGGGACGAGAGAACAUUAAAAUUGAUUCUACCGGCCAUGAGAAAUCUAAUUUUACGGUUGUAUUGGGAGUGACUGCUGCUGGAGAGAAACUUAAACCAAUGCUAAUUUUUAAGAAGAAGUUAGUGCCAAAAGGACAAUUUCCUCCAGAUGUCAUUGUGAAAACAAAUGAAAAAGGUUGGAUGAAUCAGGAAUUGAUGAAAGAAUGGAUCGUUGAAGUAUGGAACAAAAGAGAAAAUCACAAUUCCGACCCUGAUCGCUCUUUGCUGAUAUUUGAUUCUGCUCGUUGCCACGUAACUGAUGAAGUGAAACAAUUUUGUCAACAAUAUAGCAAAAUUGCCGUAAUACCAGGAGGAUUGACUAAAAUAUUGCAACCCUUAGACGUCGGCAUCAACAAACCGUUUAAAGACCACUUGAAAGCUGGCUGGGAAAAAUGGAUGAGAGAUGAAGCUAAAGCAACUUACACAAGAAGUGGAAUAAGGAGAAGGAUGAGCUACGAAGAAGUUGCAUUUUUAGUUAGCGAAAGUUUCCAAUCCAUUUCAUCUGAUAUUAUUCAACAUAGCUUUGAAAAAGCAUUGUGUGAUUUGGAAAAUCUCAAAAACGAUUUUUCCAUGAUGAAUAUAAACGAUGAUGACGAAGUAGAAAUUGGAAAAAGUUUAGUACAUUAUGUGGGAACGCUUGAAAGUGGCGAAAAGUUCGAUUCGAGUCGUGACCGAUCUAGCGAAUUUUCGUUUAUUUUAGGUCGCGAUCAAGUGAUUAAAGGAUGGGAUCUUGGUGUUGCGACGAUGAAGAGGGGCGAAAUAGCUGACUUCAAAAUUCGUUCCGACUACGGUUAUGGAGAAAGUGGUAGUAUGCCGAAAAUUCCACCAAACGCCACCUUGAACUUCGAAGUUGAACUUAUUGACUGGCAAGCUGAGGAUAUAUCGCCAAAUCGUGAUGGUACUAUUACGCGUAACGUCAUCGUAGAGGGGGAGAAACUUGCAAAUCCGAACGAUACAAGUCCCGUUGAAGUGCAUGCUGUUGGAACCUACGAAGGUAGAGUUUUCUAUGACAAAGAUGUCAAUUUCAUUCUCGGCGAGGGAUCUGAGGUUGGGCUUCCUGAAGGUGUGGAUCGUGCACUCCGCCGUUUUUGUCGUGGAGAGAAGUCCCUCAUUCGCCUCAGUGGUACUAAGUUUACCUAUGGGCCAAAUCCACCUCCAGAGUACAACCUCCCUCCGAAUGCUACAAUAGAGUUCACAAUUUUCCUGAAAAGCUUUGAAAAGGCUCGAGAUGAUCUGAUGCUUGCUGCAUAUCUCAAUCUUUCAUUGACUGCUUCGAAAAUGGGAGAGAACCUAGACUGCAUCAAGUAUUGUGAUAAGGCUCUCGAACAAUCACCCAACAAUGUGAAGGCGUUGUACCGUAAAGCUGGUGCGCGAAUGGCAAUGUCCGACCUUGAAGAAGCCAAGGAAAUCUACGAGAAGAUUCUGGAGAUCGAUCCUGAAAACAAAGCAGCUGCACAACAAAUCCUCGUGGUUCGGCAGUUAAUGCGGGAGCAGAAUGAGCGCGACAAAAAGCGUUACCGAAAUUUAUUCUCCAAGAUUUCUGAUGAUUCUGAGAAGGAAAAACCGAAUCCUUUCGAGGAGAAAAAGGAAGCAGCAGAACCGCUACCUAUGAAGUCAUGA